CACAACUUUGCUCACACAUAAACCCUACCUUUGCUUAUUCCUAUAUAUAAUCCUAUAUAAAUCCAUACCUUACUCGGCAAUGCCACUACCAAUCAUCACUUUAUCUAUCUCAAAUAUAUAUACUUUCUCCCUAAUCUCUAGCUUCUUAAUUUAUCAUUAAAGGUGAUUAAGUUAAUCCGUCUCAUUAACAACAACAAAAAUGACAAUUUCGAUAUCAUUAUAUGCUAUUUCUCAUUUGUUCGUUGUGGUAAAUCUAUUUUCACUUGAUGGGGUAUUCGCGGACUUUGGUCAUGCCACAUUUUAUGGUGGAGGUGACGCUUCUGGCACAAUGGGGGGGGCUUGCGGAUAUGGAAACUUGUACAGCCAAGGGUACGGGACUAGCACAGCGGCUCUAAGCACGGCAUUAUUUAACGGUGGACUGAGUUGCGGGUCAUGUUACGAGCUUACAUGUAGUGGUGAUCCAAAAUGGUGUAUCCAAGGUAGCAUUAUUGUGACAGCUACCAAUUUCUGCCCUCCAAAUUUUGCAUUACCUAAUGAUAAUGGUGGAUGGUGUAAUCCUCCUCUUCAACACUUUGAUUUGGCUGAACCUUCUUUCUUGAAAAUUGCUCAAUAUCGUGCUGGAAUUGUUCCUGUUUCCUUCCGAAGGGUACCUUGCAUGAGAACAGGAGGAAUAAGAUUCACAAUCAAUGGACAUUCAUACUUCAACUUGGUUCUUGUUACCAAUGUCGCCGGUGCCGGUGACGUGCACGCGGUAUCAAUCAAAGGUUCAAACACGGGAUGGCAAGCCAUGUCUAGGAAUUGGGGUCAAAAUUGGCAAAGCAAUGGUGAUCUCGACGGCCAAAGCCUCUCUUUCCAAGUUACUGAUAGUGAUGGGAGAACAAUUACUAGCUUUGAUGUUGCUCCUUCUAAUUGGCAAUUUGGCCAAUCUUAUGAGGGUGGUCAAUUUUGAUUAACAUAAAAUUAACUCAUCAAAUCAAUUUUAUAGCUAAUACUAUCUCCGUCCAAAUUUAAUUGUUCACGUUAUAAUAUUAAUGUCACAACUAAUUAUGGACGGAGAGAGUAGCUUACGAGUAAUUGCAGUGGUGUAUACUACCACCCGCGAAAAUUCUUGUUGUCUUUAUAAUGAAACAGAUAGUGUAUUGAUAAAUGUAUAGCCUAGGUUUUCUCUUACUUUUUUUUCUUCUUCCAAAAAGCUUAUUUUGUUUGCUAGAAACUGAUGAUUAACUAAUUGGCAUUUACAGCCAAGAAAUUCCAUCAGUUUCAAUAUCUUUAUGUUGUAACUAUGAUUAUCUUGAAUGAAAUGUGAUUGAGCUUGAA